AUACUAGUUCAAUACUAUGACUGAUUUGAUAUUAGAUAGCUCUGCCACCAUCGACUCGGUCCCAAGCGCAAACAAGUUCGCAUCGCCAUCUCGCUCGCAGGGAGGAGAGGGGAGUCUCUAACCCUAACCCUACCCGCCCCUGUCGCCAUAGCCAUGGCUGCCGGCGGAGAGCUCUCCCCCUCCCCCGUGCCCCCCGCAUCCCCCAUCAAGCAUUCUCGCUCACCCGACGAUGCCCAGCCCGACGCAUCCCCGAAGCGUCGCAAGCGCCACCAUCACCGCCGCCACCACCACCACCGUCGGCACCGUCACGCCGAUUCCCCGGUACCCGUGGCAGCCGACGAAGAGGUAGAGGAGGGGGAGAUACUCGAAGAUGCCACCGCCGCCUCUGCCAUGGAGGUCGAUGCUGAGUCCGCCGCCCCAGAGGCUUUCCUUGCUCCGGAGCACUUUGGUAAUGGUGCUGAUACAGACUCAAACACAGAUGCAACCAAGAUGCAAGCUCCUGCUCUGCCUACCCUUCCAUCCUCAGAAGAUGGAAGGAGGUCACUUCAUGAUGCCCCUGAGUCUGAAAGAGGAGAUAUUCUUUCAAGUGAUGUUGAGGACAACAAAGGACAUGAACGAAGGCAAAGACAAAACCGUUCUAAAUCUCCAAAGUCUAGAAGGGAGAAGGAAAGGAGGCACAAAGAUGACCAUCACACUUCAUCUUCAAAAGAUUAUCAUUCCAGAAAUCACUCUAGAACAUCUCCUUACUCAAGGCAUCAAAGUGAAGCUCAUUCGAGAGAUCUGUACUUGAGAUAUAGAGAGAAAGGUGAUUACACUAAUGGUUCUCGUGCAAAUCUUAGGGAUGGUUCUGAUCAUGAGAGCAAUGAUCGGAAUGGGAAGUCUGGCAGACAUACGACUAGGACCCACGGGAGUGAAAGAGAAAGGAGCAGCAGCCAUGGUAUUCAUGAUAGACAUGGUGACAGGUACAGUGACAGACGUGCCAGCCAGGAAAGGCAUAGAGACGAUAGGAUAUAUAGAGACAAAAUCGAUUCAUUAGAAGCUGCUCCUAGGCACAGAGAAAGAAGCAGGAGUCAUAGUAGAUCGGAUCCAAGGGAAAAUACACGUCUUCGUGAUCAAAGCAGGGAGAGGGAAAGACGGAGUGGUAGUUCAAGGCAUAGGGAUCAUGACAGCAAGAGGGAUACAAGUAAAGAUCGGCAUAGAGAAUCUGACAGGGUUAACAGUGCACAUGAAAGGGAUAGAGGGAGAGAGGCUAGGGACAGGGAAUGGCAUAGGGUCAAGGGAAGUGAAACUCAUAGAGCUAAGGAAGGACGGGACAAAGUUAGCGAUAAUGAUAGGCACAGGGAUUCAACACGCUCAAAAUAUAGCGUGUCUGAUGGUUACAAAGAGAGGACAAGAUCUGGGGAGAAAGGUAGAGAUGCUGACCAUAAAAACCGGAAGUUUGAAGAAAUGAAGGAAAAUUCUCUCAAGGAGGAAGAUGAAGAGGAGUACCAAGAGAAAAUAGAACAGCAGUUAGCAAUGCAGGAGGAAGACGACCCUGAAAAAAUCAAAGAGGAAGCAAGGAGGAGGAAAGAAGCUAUCAUGGCAAAGUACAGGCAGCAGCAAUCGCAGAAAGAGGAUAUGGAAUCUAAACCAAGUGGCAAUGAUGAAGAAGUAAGAGCAAUGGAUGGAAACGAAGCUAUACAUCAGAAAGAUGAUAUCGAUAGCAGCUUUAUGGGCAAUGUCGAAGCUGAAAAUAAGCAUGAUUCUUCAGAGGUAUUUGAUGGCAAGACAGGCUUUAAUGUGGGAAGGUCUCCUGCUCACAAUUAUGCUUCAACUAGCACGGGAGCAUUCACUGAUGAGAGGACAAUAGGUGUUUCAGGUCUUGGAGAGGGUUCUCCCAAGAGUGAGAGAUCAGCAGACAUGUUUUGUGAUGACAUUUUCGGAGAAUCACCCACCGGAAUUAGAAAAUUGGGAAAGGAUGAUGGUUUGCAUAUUGAGAGAAAUGCUCUUCAUGACAACUGGGAUGAUGCAGAUGGGUACUACACUUAUCGGUUCGGAGAAUUGCUGGAUGGCCGUUAUGAAAUCAUAGCAGCACAUGGGAAGGGUGUGUUCUCAACAGUUGUGCGGGCAAAAGAUCUUAAAGCGAGUAAGGAUGAUCCUGAAGAAGUUGCCAUCAAAAUUAUUCGCAACAAUGAGACAAUGUACAAGGCUGGUAAGCAAGAGGUUUCAAUAUUGGAAAAACUUGCAAGUGCGGACCGUGAGGACAAACGCCACUGCGUGCGGUUUAUUUCUAGUUUCAUGUACCGGAACCAUCUUUGCUUAGUUUUUGAAUCUCUCAAUAUGAAUCUUCGUGAGGUUUUAAAGAAAUUUGGUCGUAAUAUUGGGCUUAAACUGACUGCGGUGAGGGCAUAUUCAAAGCAGCUUUUCAUCGCCCUGAAGCACCUGAAGAACUGCAAAGUUUUGCACUGUGAUAUAAAACCAGAUAAUAUGCUGGUGAAUGAGGCUAAGAAUGUGCUCAAGGUAUGUGAUUUUGGCAACGCUAUGCUUGCUGGUAUGAAUGAAGUUACGCCUUAUCUUGUCAGCCGUUUCUAUCGGGCACCUGAGAUCGUUCUUGGGUUAGCCUAUGAUCACCCUUUAGACAUGUGGUCAGUUGGUUGCUGUCUAUAUGAGCUUUAUACCGGGAAAGUCUUAUUUCCUGGUCCAUCAAACAAUGCCAUGCUUCGGCUUCAUAUGGAAUUGAAGGGUCCAUUCCCUAAGAAGAUGCUUCGAAAGGGUGCCUUUACUAUGCAACACUUCGAUCAAGAUCUCAAUUUUCAUGCUACCGAGGAGGAUCCUGUGACAAAAACGGCUGUGAGAAGGUUAAUUUUGAACAUUAAACCAAAGGAUGUUGGUUCUUUGUUUCCGAACUUUCCUGGCGAGGAUCCAAAAAUGCUAUCCAGUUUUAAGGAUCUUCUUGAUAAAAUAUUUACAUUAGAUCCAGAAAAGAGGAUAACUGUAUCGCAAGCACUUAGCCAUCCAUUUAUCACUGGCAAGUGACACAAGAUGACGAUUCCUCUUGACCUUGAACUUAGCAUCUUCACUGUAAAAUACAUUUUGGGUUCCUCUUGUCUAAUCAUCAACGUUUCUGUCUUGUGUCCUGGGAGCUCUGAGAAAAAGUACAUGGAUGAAGCACGGAACUUCGGAAGAGAUGGCUAUCUGCAGACCUUGUUGCAUGCACUUAUCAUUUGGAUAUAUUCUGUUGCUUGUAAGACAACUAGCCAGUUGGCAUUCCAUUCCCUGUGUACAAUCUUUCCUAUGGAUUUACAAGAUAUACAUGAAAGUCUGCUUCAUUUCACUUAACAAUUGUGCUGACUUGUGGAUCUAUGACAAACAAGGUUAUAUGUGUAACACUUGUUUAACUGGUGUAAGCAAAUCUUUUCAUGUGCUUGGCGCACUUAUAUGAACACAAUUUUUUUAUUUGUGUGCUGGCAUGUACUUUGCUGAUGUUUAAGAUUGCAUGCCUGGUAUGCUUGUCCUCAAGCACUAACAUAUCUCGGGAUGCAAUGCACCAGAAUUUCGUACUGCUAUUUCAUGCUAACAGAGGCCUUGUGCUGUUAAAUUGUUCCUUACAUCUACUUGUGUACUGUUUCGAUUUAUAAGAUUAUAUUCUAAUUUCUUCUUCCAUUCAGGAUUCUGCCAGGGCCUCUGCUAUGUGCACAUUUUAUAUGCUUAAGGGCCAACAUAAGAAGAGUUUUCACCUAAUAGUUGAUUAUGGGUUGGUACAUCAAGGCUGAUUCAGUUCAAUUUUAGCAACCUUUACUGUUUAUUAGGUGCAUUUCCAAUAUUUUGUGUUUUGGUUAGUAAUUUCUUUUGCCAGUUUCAUCAAACAUUGAUCUUCUAAACAAUUUGUUUGUUUUUUGUGUGCCUGCCAAACUUCUUCAUAUUAAUGGGUUAUGAGAUUCAAGUACUAUAUGCUUUACAUGAAAGCUGUAUUCUCUACCAUUCAGCGAAAUGUGCGAAACAUGAGAAACAUUUUUGUCUUGUGUAACAAUUUGAGAGCUGAUUAUUACAUUGACUGCUAGUUAUAAAACCGUGGGCUUAUUACUUUUACUUUGUAUCUAGAUUUGCUGCAUGUAGAUAAACACUGGUGGGAAGCUGAAAUUUUACUGUGUAAUUAGUAUUCAAGUGCAGGAGAGAUGCGUAUCAUUUCAUUGAGUAAAGAGGCUACAGGGAAAGAAAUCCAACAUAGCCCGCCCCUCCUCCCUCUAAGCACACAAGACCUGAAAGGUUCUCAGCCUGUUAGCACCAUGGAAUGCUCUUAUUUGUGAUUGCCUGCAGCACCGCCAUCAUAACACUUGCAAUGAUGCCAUUAAAAAGACAUCAUACUGAUGUUUCCAGAUCUCUCAAGCCACCAAGAUAGUGAGUUCAGGCCUUUCUUGCUAUAUCAUUUGGCACUUGUCAGCCUAGCUCAAACCGGCUUGAUAACUUAUUGAUGAUAGGUUGAGGCGCAAUGGAAAUAAUCCAAGCCUGCCAGAUUGGUAACCAUUCUUUAGACUGCCAUUUAGUAAGUCAGGUUGAACCUAUUACCAUCUAUAAGGACUUGUUCGGUUAGCUCUCAAUCCAUGUGGAUUGAGUGGGAUUGGAUGGGUUUGAAUCCCAAACAAGUCAAACUUCUUCUCAAUUUUUUCCAAUCCCAUCCAAUCCAUAUGUAUUAGGAAUAACCGAACAAGCCCUAAGUGGGCAUGCAAAUGGCAUUGUGUUGGAUUGGACCAUUGUAAACGGUUUCUCGUGUUGGAUGCAAGCAUUCUGUAGUUGUUUUGAGUUGUUUUUUAUUAUCUGUAGUACUUGCUGGGUAAAUCUAAAGAACUGGAUUUGUGUCA